CUGUAGGACUUUUAUGGGCUGAUUUUUUGGUGAAAUCCUCGGCUAAACUUCACCACAGCGCUCUCUCGGUUAUGUGGUAAGGCCGUCUGUGGUCUUUUUCUUUCUUCGCUUCUUCUCUGACACCGUGUUGGCUUGGCUUUUUUCUGAGGACAAAGAUCAGAGAUAGUUGGGUUCUUUUCUUGGCGUUUCCGCGACUCCACCAGCCCCGCCGCCCCACCGAACGACGAAGAUAAACAGGCGAGAUGGAUAACGAAAAGUACUUGCCGGAACUGAUGGCGGAGAAGGACUCGCUCGACCCGUCUUUUCGACACUCCUUGCGGCUGCUCGACCAAGAAAUUGAAAAGGUUCAGAAAGACGAAGAGAAAGAGGACGAGAAGUUCAUUGAUGUCGUCAUAAACAAGAACAUGAAACUGGGUCAGAAAGUGCUGAUUCCUGUCAAACAGUUCCCCAAAUUUAAUUUUGUGGGUAAACUGCUGGGUCCCCGCGGCAACUCGCUAAAGAGGCUACAGGAAGACACACUGACCAAGAUGUCCAUCCUGGGCAAAGGAUCCAUGAGAGAUAAAGAGAAGGAGGAGGAGCUGCGCAAGAGUGGAGAAGCGAAAUAUCAUCACCUCAACGAGGACCUACAUGUGCUGAUAGAGGUUUUUGCCCCACCUGCCGAGGCCUACGCCCGCAUGGGACACGCCCUGGAAGAGAUUAAGAAGUUCCUCAUUCCGGAUUAUAAUGAUGAGAUCAGACAAGCUCAGCUGCAGGAGCUGACGUUUCUGAAUGGAGGAUCGGAGGAUGCUAAGGUUCCAGCAGUGAGAGGGAAACCCAACUCCAGGGCUAGAGGCACACCUGCACCCGGCUCACACAGGACCAGAGGAGGUGUUCCUCCCCCCCAGGCAGCAGUUCCCAGAGGAGUGGCACCUAGAGGAGCCCCGCCCAGCCGAGUCCCAUCCAGCAGAGGGAGGGGCGUUCCUGCACAGAGAGCACGUGGAGCUCCGCCCCCAGGGGGGUACAGACCGCCUCCGCCUGUAGUGCAGGACUCAUAUGGAGAAUACGAAUACGACGAUGGAUACGGAACGGCCUACGAUGACCAAGGGUACGACUCAUACGACAACAGUUACAAUAACCAAGGACAGAAUUCAGACGACUACUAUGAAUACGGCCAUGGACUAAGUGGGGAAUCCUAUGACUCAUACGGUCAGGAAGAGUGGACAAACGGCCGCAACAAAGCUCCGCCGGCGAGGACGACCAAAGGAGUGUACAGAGAUCAGCCCUACUCCAGAUACUGAACUCUAAAGUCAGCCGCACCUGUCCGUGCUCUCCCAAGUAAUGGAUUUUCUAUGGACUCCCCUUGUUUCCUUUUUUUAGA